AUGGCACUUAAAUCCAUAAAUCUAAGUCAAUGUUCUCUUCUCACAUAUGCUAGUCUUGAUAUUUUGGCUGAUUCAUUAGGAUCCAUUUUGAAAGAGUUGUAUCUUGAUGAUUGCAUACUCAUUGAUGCUAAUCUAAUCUUGUCGGGAUUAAAGCGACUCGAACAAUUAGAAGUGUUGUCACUAGCCGGUGUGCCAACUGUUUCUGAUAAGUUUAUCGAGAGUUACAUCAUUGCACGUGGUCACAACAUUAAGGAGCUUAUUUUAAAGGACUUCAUAAAUUUGACGGAUGCAUCGAUGAAAGUCAUUGCUGAACAUUGUCCAGGACUGCAUGCUCUUGAUCUUAUGAACUUUUGCCGAGAAUUGCGUAAAUUGAAGUUCUGCCGCAAUCCAUUCAGGUGGUCUCUUGUUGGCCAACAGACAGCAUUAUCGCUUUCAAACAAUGCCAAAAAUUUGCAUACCUUAGACCUAACGGGGUGUCGAAAUUUGACAGACAAUGAGAUUGGUUUAAUUGUGGAUCGAUGCUUGUCGCUAAGGUCACUUAAACUUUUCGGAUGCUCACAGGUCACAGAUGUUUUUCUGAAGAGGCACUCCAACAUAGAGAUUCAGAUAUUUGGGUUGAACUUGUGUCCUUUAUUGCAGCAUAUCAAAGAGCCUGAUUCAGAGUAG